AGGAACCACUCAGAUUCCUGUCACUUCUCAAGGCAUCUCCGUCGUGAACAUGGCCCUGCCACCCUUCUUCGGCCAGGGUCGCCCAGGCCCACCGCCCCCGCAGCCGCCGCCUCCUGCUCCUUUCGGCUGUCCGCCACCGCCGCUGCCCUCCCCGGCUUUCCCGCCGCCUCUCCCCCAGAGGCCCGGCCCUUUUCCGGGGGCCUCCGCCCCCUUCCUUCAGCCUCCGCUGGCUCUGCAGCCCCGAGCCUCCGCGGAGGCCUCCCGUGGCGGAGGCGGCGCUGGCGCCUUCUACCCGGUGCCACCACCGCCGCUGCCUCCUCCGCCGCCCCAGUGUCGGCCCUUCCCGGGGACUGACGCCGGCGAGCGGCCGCGGCCACCGCCUCCCGGCCCGGGGCCGCCCUGGAACCCGCGGUGGCCUGAGGCGCCGCCGCCGGCCGACGUGCUCGGCGAUGCAGCCCUCCAGCGCCUGCGCGACCGGCAGUGGCUGGAGGCGGUGUUCGGGACCCCGCGGCGGGCUGGCUGUUCGGUGCCCCAGCGCACGCAUGCCGGGCCCAGCCUUGGCGAAGUGCGCGCGCGAUUGCUAGGGGCUCUGCGCCUGGUGCGGCGGCUGCGCGGCCUGAGCCAGGCCCUGCGCGAGGCCGAAGCCGACGGCGCGGCCUGGGCCCUGCUGUAUUCCCAGACCGCGCCGCUGCGCACGGAACUGGCCGAGCGGCUACAGCCGUUGACCCAGGCUGCCUAUGUGGGCGAGGCGCGGAGGAGGCUGGAGAGGGUCCGGCGCCGCCGGCUGCGGCUUCGCGAGAGGGCCCGGGAACGCGAGGCCGAGCGGGAGGCAGAGGCCGCGCGGGCAGUGGAACGCGAGCAGGAGAUUGACCGCUGGAGGGUGAAGUGUGUGCAGGAGGUGGAGGAGAAGAAGCGGGAGCAGGAACUCAAAGCAGCUGCUGAUGGUGUACUAUCUGAAGUGAGGAAAAAACAAGCAGAUACCAAAAGAAUGGUGGACAUUCUUCGGGCUUUGGAGAAAUUGAGGAAACUGAGGAAAGAGGCUGCAGCGAGGAAAGGGGUCUGUCCUCCAGCCUCAGCAGAUGAGACUUUUGAGCAUCAUCUUCAGCGACUGAGAAAACUCAUUAAAAAGCGCUCUGAACUGUAUGAAGCUGAAGAGAGAGCCCUCAGAGUUAUGCUGGAAGGAGAACAAGAAGAAGAGAGGAAAAGAGAAUUAGAGAAGAAACAAAGAAAAGAAAAAGAGAAAAUUUUACUUCAGAAACGUGAAAUUGAGUCCAAGUUGUUUGGGGAUCCAGAUGAGUUCCCACUUGCCCACCUCUUGGAGCCUUUCCGACAGUAUUACCUCCAAGCCGAGCACUCCCUGCCAGCGCUCAUCCAGAUCAGGCAUGAUUGGGAUCAGUACCUGGUGCCAUCCGAUCAUCCCAAAGGCAACUUCGUUCCCCAAGGAUGGGUCCUUCCCCCGCUCCCCAGCAACGACAUCUGGGCAACUGCUGUUAAGCUGCAUUAGUAAAGAUGCUCCAGGAGUGUGGUCCAGCCAACGCUCUUUCCAGCUGUAAAUAUUAGCGAUGGUGCCAUCUUUUGCUGUAGACUAAACUGCAACUUCUAAAUUCCAUGUGGCAUUCCCCUACCCUGAAGUUAUGCUUUCUUUCUGUGCUCUGUGCUGGCCAGAGGUGCCUCUUGAAUCAGAUUAAUGUGGUUCUUCAGGAAAGGACUUAGGUGAACUGAGGUUUUUACCACAGGCAGUGAAUGACCUUGGUUCACCAAAUUUGCCUCUGUUUUGAGGGGCUUGGUCCAGAGUGACUUGUUAAUUUACUCUAACUUCCCUGUGUGUUGAUGGGUAAGUACACUCAAACACUGAAUACAGGUGUGCAAUGGGUA